AGGCACGUGCCAGGAAGUGUGAGAUCACGUAAAAGGGCGCAGUGACGUCAGCAACAGGCUACAAGACACGAUGCAGAGCAGAAGUGGAAGAAGAGCAAGAAAGAAAAGAAGGAAGAAAAAGGGACAGACUGUAAAUGAUGUGACACUGUCUCAUGAAGAACCCUUCGUGGACUUGAGAAGAUGGCUUAAAGAAAAAGGAUUCCGUUCUAAGUGUUUAAUUCCAGCAAGCUUUACAGAUACAGGAAGAGGCCUGAUGGCUACAAAACAAAUUAAGGCCAGUGAGUUGGUGAUUUCUUUACCUGAGAGGUGUUUGCUGACUACAAGCUCAGUUCUGAAGAGUUACAUGGGGGAUUACAUAAAGAGGUGGAAGCCUCCAGUAUCUCCUCUCAUCGCACUUUGUUCUUUCCUUAUUGCUGAGAGAUUCCAUGGAGAUCUAGCAGAAUGGAGCUCGUACAUUAAAGUCCUCCCUAAAUCCUAUACAUGCCCAGUUUACUUCUCAAAUGACAUCAUGGACCUCUUGCCUCCAGAUGUUCGAAUAAAGGCAGUGUCACAAAAAGAACAGUUAGAGGAGCUUUAUUCCUCUUCGCUGCCAUUCUUCUUGUCCCUUCAGCCCAUUUUUACUGAACCUGUAGAGGUAGUGUUUACUCAGGAUGCAGUCCGGUGGGCAUGGUGCAGCGUAAAUACCCGUACGGUGUAUAUGAAGCACGCCCAGAGCGAUUUCCUCUCACGGGAGAAGGAUGUCUUUGCCCUGGCGCCUUAUCUGGACUUACUGAACCAUUGUCCUGAAGUACAGGUUCAUGCAGGGUUCAAUGAGCUGUCCCGCUGCUAUGAGAUCAGAAGUGUUCACGGUUGUAAGAAAUUCCAGCAAGCCUUCAUCUGCUACGGUCCCCAUGACAACCAGCGUCUCCUUUUGGAAUACGGUUUUGUUGCCUCCGAUAAUCCACACGCCGUGGCGUAUGUUGACUUAGGUACUCUGAAGUUGUGUUUUAAUGAAGCAGAUCGGCAGCUACAGCAGAAACUACUCUUUCUGAAGGACAAUGAUUUUCUAAGAAACCUGACAUUUGGGCUUGAUGGGCCUUCAUGGAGACUGAUGACGGCGCUCAGGUUGCUGUCCCUAGAACCAGAACAAUACUCCUGUUGGAAAAAUAUCCUCCUGGGGGCACCAGUGAGACAGGACAGAGAGGACUGGUGCGUCCACAAGGCUCAAAUGCUGUGCCAGCGUCUCUGUGAUAACAAUAGCAAUUCACUGUUGAGGAUAGCUCAGCUCAAAGCUGACGCUGACGGGGAUCGGCUGGAGCAGCUCUGCGUGGUCGAGAGCCUGAGACGCGAGGAACGGGCAAUAUUAGAACGCUCCAAACAAGUUCUCCGAAACAAUAUGCCUCAGUCAUCACCAUAGCAACCGAACAGGAUUGAGAACAUGGAACAUUAAAGGAGCCAGAGGAUAUUGUCACUACUUGUGUUCCUGCCAAGACCCCGAGAGAACCGAGCCAAGUCAGAGCAAAGGGAACUUUGACAUUUCCCGGUGCAGAAAAUAGCCAGUCACUAUGGAAGCCUUGGAGAUUGGUGUGUCUGUCUUAAAAACAGGCAGAUUCUUUUUGUGUGGCUUGAUUUUCUUCUUUAUCAUCAUCAUACAAAAAUGGAGCAUGCCAGUGUUUAAACUUCUGGAAUGGACAUGAAGAGCAGGUCUGGCUGGUAUUAAGGGUCUAGCAGCACUAAGCCUCCACUGUGUUUUUCAAAAAUUAGAGAUAACAUGAAUUUAAGGUUUAAUUUUUGGCAUCCACAUCAGAUUAUUUGCUAUUAACAAAUACCUUUAAGUGGAUUGAUUUGUACCUUUGUGUACAAGCACUACAGCACCACCACUGGCUGAGAAAGAUACAUACGCUUGGGCUAGGGCUGACUUCUUCCUUGCCCAGACUGUAGAUUCAUGCAGCCUAUUAGUGUAAGUAAAAUGCUCUCUAGAUUCCAUAAAGCCACUGGCGCUACAAAUAUAAUGCCGGAGUGAGGAAAAGCACGUCUAUAGCACCACAGCUGUCGGUUUAGCAGGAUAACAGAAAGCAGGACGAACAUUUUAUUUUAGUUUUUUGUGAUAACAUUUGGAUCUGUUCAAUGUACAAGUUUAUAAAGUGUCAUACAAAAACAUCAA